AGUAAUGAGCAGUCUUUGCUUUGAAAUGGAAUAGUGGUGAUUGGGCCAGGUUAGGGCAGAAGCACAAGGCGCUUUAAGGACAGCUGUACCUGCCCUCCUGGCCAAGGGUGCUCCAGGUGGAAAGUCCUGGGAGACUGUGGACUCUGCACUUAAAUGGUGCAGAGAGUGCUAGUCCUGGGCUUUCCAACUUUGUUCUCCUUCAAAUCAAGACCUCUGCUGCAAACGUGCUUCACUAGAUCCUCUGGCAAGCCAAGAAGCACCCAAGCGUAAGUUGGCGACCCCAUUCCUGUUGUCCUCACUUGUCCAAACUGUCUCGGGGUGUGGCUGCCUCCGGCCCUCUGGGUGCAUCUUCCUUCAUGGCCACAAACUGUUUCUCCGAGUUGCCACCAUGCCCUUGAAGUCUUUUUUUUUUUUUUUUUUUUUUUUUAAUACUUUCCAUCCGUGGCUGGUUGAAUCCGUGAAUGCGAAACUGCAGAUAUGGAAGGUCACCUGUAUUUGUAUUAAUUACAAAAAGCAGAAAUGGAAAUUUGCCAUUAACAAAAGUUUUUUAAAUUUUUAAAAACUGUGAUGUAUUUUGGAAAUACCAAGUUUUCCCAUUGGAAAUAUGUAAACUUUUUUUUACAUGUACUAAUUUUUAUAGAAAGCGUUACUCAAGUUGUGUGAAUUACAUUUCUGGAUAGACUGAUGAAUUUAUCAGUCAUGAAGAAGAUUAACAGACUGGCUUUAAGAAAACAUUAUAAAGACUGGAUGAUUUUGUGGAGACCUGGUGGUGCAGUGGUUAGGAGUUCAGUUACUAAGUGAAAGCUUGGCAGUUCAAAUCCAGCAGCCGCUGCUUGGAAACCCUAUGGGGCGGUUCUCUGUCCUGUAGGGUGGCUGUGAGUCAAAAUCGGCUCAACAGCAACAGUAUGAUUUUUGUAGGAUAAGCAUCUUGUGAGGAUUAUGGAAAAACAUUUCACCUCCAGUUUAGCAUAAAAAGUAAUGGCAUAUUUAAAAGAAAUCUCUUUAAAAAGCAAAAGCAGGCUUUUCAUUAAUCAAAGUUCAACGUGUGGCUUCCUUUUUUAAAUUUUAAUGGGACUUACUCAAAAUCAGAGACCUUAAUUUAGAUACACUGUAGCACCUGUAUUUAUAAUAAUUUUCUUUCAGAUUGUUGACUAACUGUGGACAAUAAAAUUAAGGUUUUAAUAAGCUUAGGCUUUUGGGUUUUCUGAAUCCUGGAAUGUCAAUUUUUUUUCCCUUUAAACACUGAAAACUAGCCAUUCCCAAUAAUGUAUAAAUUACUUUGACAAGAAUGACUGAUAAGAUACAUUUCGUUACUUGGCUGAUGAAUGUAGCAGUGAAAAGUUACUUUUCACAGAUACUGUGUUAUCACUUGAUGCAAAAACAACCCCUUGGAGCUCAUUUUUUCAAGAGGCAAUUCAUCUUUGGUCAGCCUGUCACUCUUAGUGCAAGAUCAGACACUGGCAAAUUAGGGACAGAUCCAGGAUAAUAGCAGUUACUUUUUUUUUUUAAUCUUUUUGUUUUGGGUUUUGAAUGUUUUAUCUUUUUGAUAAACAUUAGUUCUUCAUUUUAAUUAAGCCAAAUUUAUCAGUCUUUCAUGUUUAGGGAUUCUUGUCAUGAUGAUAUUCUCCUAUGUUUUCUUUUGAAAACUUAGUUGUUACAGUUUCACGCUUAGCAUUAUGAUCCAUUUCAAAGUAAUUUUUGUGUCUAGUGUGAGGUAGCGAUCAAGUCUUAGAGUUACAAUCGUUUUACCUAAGCAGCGUAAAAGGGAGCAGGAAGUUUAAGGCUCUGAGCUUGCAUCACUGGAUAACGUGUACACUGUUGGCUUUGAAAAAAAGCAAACAUAGAAGCAAAUUAGAUCUCCAGUUGUCAAAUACAAUCUUAUGAGGACUUCCUGAAAGAAGAGCUGCAUUUAAGCAUAGACAAUACAAGGAUCACCUGUGCUGCCCCUAAAAUCCUCACCCUGGACUUACCAUGUCGUUGUUGUGCUGUGAAGUCGGUUUUAACUCACAGCAACCCUACAUACAAUAGAACGAAACACUGCCCAGUCCUGUGCCAUCCUAAUGAUUGUUGUUACGCUUGAGCCCAUUGUUGUAGCCAGUGUUUUAGUCCAUGUCGUUGAGGGUCUUCCUUUUUUUCGCUGACCCUCUACCAAGCAUGAUGUCCUUUUCCAGGGACUGAUCCUUCCUGAUUUCCUGAUAACAUUUCCAAAGUGUGUGAGGCGAAGUCUCGUCAUCAUUGCUUCUAAGGAGCAUUCUGGCUGUACUUCCAAGGCAGAUUUGUUCAUUCUUUGGCAGUCCGUGGAGUAUUCAAUAUUCUUCGCCCACACCAUAAUUCAAAGGCAUCAGUUCUUUGGUUUUCUUUAUCCAUUGCCUAGCUUUCACAUGCAUAUGAGGCAACUGAAAAUACCAUAGCUUUAGUCAGGCUCACCUUAGUCCUUAAAGUGACAUCUUUGUUUUUUAACACUCCAAAGAGGUCUUUUGCAGCAGAUUUGCCCAGUGUGAUGUGUUUUUCGAUUUCUUGACUGCUGCUUCCAUGGGUGUUAAUCGUGGAUCCAAGUAAAAUGAAAUCCUUAACAACUUCAAUAUUUUCUCCAUUUAUCAUGUAGUUGUGAGGAUUUUUGUUUUUUUUUGUUGAGAUGUAAUCCAUACUGAAGGCUGUGAUCUUUGAUCUUCGUCAGUAAGUUCUUCAAGCCCUCUUCGUUUUAAGUAAGCAAGGUUGUGUCAUUUGCGUAACACAGGUUGUUAAUGAGUCUUCCUCCAAUCCUGAUGCCCCGUUCUUCUUCAUAUAGUCCAGCUUCUUGGAUUAUUUGCUCAGCAUACAGAUUAAAUAGGUAUAGUGAAAGGAUACAACUCUGAUGUACACCUUUCUUGACUUUAAACCAGGCAUUGUUCACUUGUUCUGUUCAGAUGACUGCCUCUUGGUUUAUGUACAGGUUCCUCAUGAGCACAAUUAAGUGUUCCGGAAUUCCCAUUUUUCACAAUGUUAUCCAUAAUUCAUUAUGAUUCACACAGUCUGGUGCCUUUGCACAUAAAACACAGGUAAACAUCUUUCUGGUAUUCUCUGGUUUCAGCAAGGAUCCAUCCGAUGUCAGCAGUGAUAUCCCUGGUUCCAUGUUGUCCUCUGAAUCCAGCUUGAAUUUCUGGCAGUUCCCUGUUGAAGUACUGCUGCAACCACUUUUGAAUGAUCUUCUGCAAAACUUUACUUGCAUGUGAUAUUAAUAAUAUUGUUCUAUAAUUUCUGCAUUCAGCUGCAUCACCUUUCUUUGGGAUAGGAAUAAAUAUAGGUCUCUUCCAGUUGGUUGGCCAGGUAGCUGUCCUCCAAAUUUCUUGGCAUAGAUGAGUGAGCACUUCCAGUGCUGCAUCCAUUUAUUGAAACAUUUCAAUUGGCAUUCCAUCAAUUCCUGGAUCCUUGUUUUUCACCAGUGCUUUUAGUGCACCUUGGACUUCUUUCUUCAGUACCAUCAGUUCUCAAUUAUAUGCUGCCUCCUGAAAUGGUUCCUGUGAAGGUAUUUUGUAGAUGCAAUUAACAUUUACAACCAGUUAACUCUAAGUUACCUUUAAUAAUGUAGGUGGGCCUCACCCAAUCGGUUAAAGUUCUUAAGAGCAAAAACUGAAGUUUCCAGAAGAGGGAAUUCUGCCUCAACUCUAACAUAGAAAUCCUGCCUGAGUUUCCAGCCUGCCUCCUGCCCUACAAAUUUCAGGCUUGCCAGUUUCUAUAUUGUGUGAGCCAGUUCCUUAAAAUAAGUCAGUCAUUAUUUCUCUGCCUCUCUCUCUCUCUAACUUUGACAGAUACAGGGGGAAAGGUUGGAGUUUGAGACCCAGAUACAAGAGUCACAAGCAUAAGGUAGUUAAUGGAGUCCUGAUGGCACAACAUGUUAAGCAUUGGGCUGCUAACCGAACACGCUAGGGAACAAGGACGUGCCUUCUUCACAGACACUCACGGGUGGCUGUCAGCCUUGCUCAGCAUGUGACCCCCUACUGCAGCCAGAUACCUGUGCUUACACCAGUCAGCCCUGUUUAGGACUGUAGGUGAGAGCCUGCACCACACACUUGGUGACUGACUACCUGGACACCUGAGCUGAAUCCAUACAAGAAAAGUAAAUGGACUCCUGGUGUCACGUACCUAGUAACAGCUCUAACCACCUGGCAACAGGACGUUGGAUAAUCAACAGCACCAGUAAUCAAAUUAGCUCACAUGAUCAGCCUAUUUGGGCAUAUCAAAAUAAGACAAAACAAGAAGCUAGGACACAGUAAGCAAACAUUUAAAUACAGUAACAUAUUGAUGGCUCAGAGACAACAGUCAAUUUCAAAUUGCAUGAAGAGGCAGACCAUGGUGGCUUCAGCAAGCUUCCAAAACAAAGAGUCAAGAAAUCUCCUGGAUAAAGAGAACUUCCUGGAAUUACUGGAGGUAGAAUACAAAAGAUUAAUACACAGAACUUUUCAAGACAUCAAGAAGGAGGUCAGGCAAAACGAAGAACAAGCCAAGGAGUACACAGAUGAAGCAAUAGAGGAACUUAGGAACGUUAGAGAACAGCAUAAUGACAAAUUUAACAGGCUGCAAGAAUCCAUAGAGAGCAAACAGAAAUCCAGAAGAUAAUAAAAUUUUGGAAUUAGACAACUCAAUAAAAAGUCAUAGGAGCAGAAUUGAGGCAAUGGAAGUCAGAAUUAGUGAGAUUGAAGAUAAAGCACUUGACACCAACAUAUUUGAGGAAAAGCAGAUGAAAGAAUUUCAAAAAAUUAAGAAACCAUGAGAAUUAUGUGAGACUCUAUCAAGAGGAAUAACCUAUGAGUGAUUGGAGUACCAGAACAGAGGGGAUAACAGAAAAAACAGUUGUUGAAGAUUCGUUAGCAGAAAACUUCCCUGAUGCCAUGAAAGAUGAGAAGAUAUAUAUCCAAGAUGCUUAUCAAACCCCACACAAGGUAGAUCCCAAAAGAAAGUCACAAAGACAUAAUCAAAUUUACCAAAAUCAAAGAGAAUUUUUAAGAGCGGCUAGGGAUAAACGAAAAGUCAUCUACAAAGGAGAGUCAAUAAGACAGCUCAGACUACUCAGCAGAAACCAUGCAGGCGAGAAGGCAAUAGCAUGACAUAUAUAAAGCCUUGAAGGAAAAAAGAAAAAUUGCCAGCCAAGAAUUAUGUAUCCAGCAAAACUCUCUCAAAUAUGAUGGUGAAAUUAGGACAUUUCCAGAUAAACAGAAGUUUAGGGAAUUUGCAAAAACCAAACUGAAAUUACAAUACUAAAGGGAGUCCUCCGGUUAGAAAAUCAGUAACAUCAGAUAACAACCCAAGACUAGAACACAGGACAGAGCAACCAGAUAUCAACCCAGAUGGGGAAAUCACAAAAAUAAAUCAAAGCUAAAACAUUGAAAAUAGGGAAACAGAGAUGUCAUUGUGUAAAACACAUUAAACAAAAAAGAGGAACUAAAGAAUGUAGUCAUAGAUCUUUCAUAUGGAGAGGAAGUCAAAGCAAUAUAAAGAAAUAAAAGAUUGGUUUAAACUUAGAAAAAUAGGGGUAAAUAUUAAGGUAACCACAAAGGAAACUAACAAUCCUACACAUCAAAAUAAAAAAGAGAAACACGAAGACUCAGCAAAUACAAAAUCAACAACACUGAAAACGAUGAAAAAAUGACUUAGCACGGAAAAUUAAGUAGAACAGCAGAAAAAAAAAAAUGUCAAAAUGACAGCACUAAACUCAUACCUAUCAAUAAUUAUGCUGAAUGUAAAUGGACUAAAUGUACCAAUAAAGAAACAGAGAAUGGCAGAAUGGAUUAAAAAAACACGAUCCAUCUAUAUGCUGCCUACCACAGAUACACCUUAGACUUAAAAGACACCACCAAACUGAAAGGAUAGAAAGAAAUACGUCAAGCAAACAACAAUGAAAAAAGAGCAGGAGUGGCAAUAUUAAUUUCGGACAAAAUAGACUUUAAAAUCCAUCACAAAGGAUAAGGAAGGACACUAUAAUGAUUAAAGGAUCAAUACACCAGGAGGACAUUACUAUAUUAAAUACACACCAAAUGACAGGGCUCCAAAAUACAUAAACUUUUUAACAGCACUGAAAAAAGAUAUAGCUCAAAAUAAUAAUAGUAGGAGACUUCAACACAGCACUUAGGUGAAGGACAGAACAUCCAGAAAGAAGCUCAAUAAAGACACGGAAAAUCUAAAUGCCACAAUCAACCAACUUGACUUCAUGGACAUAUAAAGAACACUUCUCCCAACAGCAGCUAAGAAUACUUUUCUUUUCUAGCACACAUGGAAAGUUCUCCGGAAUAGACCAAGUGUUAGGCCGUAAAGCAAGCCUUAAGAGAAUCCAAAACAUUGAAAUAUUACAAAGUAUCUCUUCUGACCAUAAAGCCAUAAAAGUAGAAAUCAAUAACAGAAAAAGCAAGGGAAAAAAAAAUCAAAUACAUGGAAACUGAACACACCUUGCUCAAAAACUACUGGGUUACAGAAGAGAUUAAGGACAGAAUAAAGAAAUUCACAGAAUCAAGUGAAAAUGAAAACAUAUCCUACUAGAACCUUUGGGACACAGCAAAAACAGUGCUUAGAGGUCAAGUUAUAGCAAUAAAUGCACACAUCCAAAAAGAAGAAAGGGCCAAAAUCAGAGCUUUAACCCUACAACUCGAACAAACAGGGAGAAGCAAGUGAAGCCCUCAGGCACCAGAAGAAAGCAAAUAAUAAAAAUUAGAGCAGAAUUAAAUGAAAUAGAGAAUAGAAAAACAAAAGAGUUAACAAGGCCAAAAGCUGGUUCUUUGAAAAGAUCAACAAAAUCAAUAAACCGUUGGCCACCUGACAAAAGAAAAACAGGAGACGAAGCAAAUAACUCAAAUAAGAAAUGACAUGGGGGAUCUCACAAGAGACCAAACUGAAAUUAAAAGAAUCAUAACAGAAUACUAUGAAAAACUAUUAACAAAUUUGUAAACCUAGAGGAAAUGGAGGAAACCCUGGUGGCGUAGUGGUUAAGUGCUAUGGCUGCUAACCAAAGGGUCUGCAGUUCGAAUCCACCAGGCGCUCCUUGGAAACUCUAUGGGGCAGUUCUAUGCCAUCCUAUAGGGUCGCUAUGUGUCGGAAUCAACUCGAGGGCACUGGGUUUUUUUUUUUUUUUUUUUUGUAGAGGAAAUGGACAAAUUUCUAGAAACACACUACCUACCUAAACUAACACAAACAGAGGUAGAACAACUAAAUAAACCUAUAACAAAAGAAGAGAUUGAAAAGGUAAUCAAAAAACUCCCAACAACAACAAAAAAGCCCUGGCCCUGGCCCUGACGGCUUCACUGGAGAAUUCUACCAAACUUGAAGAGAAGAGUUAACACCAUUACUACUAAAGGUAUUUCAGAGCAUAGAAAAGGAUGGAAUACUCCCAAACUCAUUCUAUGAAGCCAGCAUUUCCCUGAUACCAAAACCAGGUAAAGACACCACAAAAAAAGAAAAUUAUAUGCAUAUCUCCCUUAUGAACUUAGAUGCAAAAAUCCUCAACAAAAUUCUAGCCAAUAGAAUUCAACAACCUAUCAAAAAAAUAACUCACCAUGACCGAGUGGAAUUCAUACUAGGUAUGCAGGGAUGGUUCAACGUUAUAAAAACAAUGUAAUCCAUCACAUAAAUAAAGACAAGAACCACAUGAUCUUAUCAAUUGAUGCAGAAAAAGCAUUUGACAAAGUUCAACACCCAUUCAUUAUUAAAAAAAAAAAAAAACUUUCAGGAAAAUAGGAAUAGAAGGAACAUUCCUCAACAUAAUAAAGGCCAUUUAUACAAAGCCAACAGCCAACAUCAUCCUAAAUGGAGAGAGCAGGAAAGCAUUCUCCUCGAGUUUGGGAACCAGACAAGGAUGCCCUUUAUCACCACUCUUAUUCAACAUUGUACUGGAGGUCCUAGCCAGAGCAAUUAGGCUAGAUAAAGAAAUAAAGGGCAUCCAAAUUGGUAAGGAAGAAGUAAAAGUAUCUGCAGAUGAUGUGAUCUUAUACACAGAAAACCCUAAAGAAUCCACAAGAAUACUAUUGGAACUAAUAGAAGAGUUCAGCAGAGUAUCAGGAUACAAGAUAAACAUACAAAAAUCAGUUGGAUUCCUCUACAUCAACAAAGAAUGUCAAAGAGGAAAUCACCAAAUCAAUACCAUUUACAGUAGCCCCCAAGAAGGUAAAAAUACUUAGGAAUAAAUCUAACCAGAGACGUAAAAGACCUAUACAAAGAAAACUACAAGACACUACUUCAGGAUACCGAGACCUACCUAAACGGGAAAACGUACCUUGCUCAUGGAUAGGAAGACUCAACAUUGUGAAAAUGUCUCUUCUCCCCAGAGAGAUCUAUAGAUACAAUGCAAUCCCAAUCCAAAUUCCAAUGGCAUUUUUUAAUGAGAUGGAGAAACAAAUCACCAACUCGAUAUGGAAAGGGAAGAGGCCCCAGAUGAGUAAAGCAUUACUGAAGAAGAAGAACAAAGUGGGAAGCCUCCCACUACCUGAUUUUAGAACCUAUAUACUGCCACGGUAGUCAAAACAGCCUGGUAGUGGUACAACAACAGAUACACAGACCAAUGGAACAGAAUUGAGAAUCCACAUGUAAAAUCACCUGCCUAUGAGCAGCUGAUAUUUGACAAAGGCCAAAAGGCCAUAAUUGGGGAAAAGGGAGUCUCUCUAAGAAAUAGUGUUGGUAUAACUGGAUAUCCACCUGCAAAAAAAAUGAAACAAAACCCAUUCCUCACACCAUACACAAAAACUAACUCAAAAUGGAUCAAAUACCUAAGUAUAAAUUCUAAAACAAUAAAGAUCAUGGAAGAAAAAAUAGGGACAAUGCUAGGAGCCCUAAUACAUGGCAUAAACAGAAUACAAAACAUUACUAACAAUGCACAAACACCAGAAAAGAAACAAGAUAACUGGGAGCAAAAAGAAACACUUAUUCUCAUCAAAAGAGUAAAAAGACAGCUUACAGACUGGGAAAAAAAUUUUCCCAUCAGCGCCUAAUCUCUAAAAUCUACUGCAAAACCUCAACAACAAAAAGACAACCUAGUUUAAAAAUGGCCAAAGGAUAUGAACAGGCACUUCACCAAAGAAGACAUUCAGGCAGCUAACAGAUACAUGAGGAAAUGCUCACAUUCAUUAGCCAUUGAAGAAAUGCAAAUUAAAACUCCAGUGAAAUACCAUCUCAUCCCAACAAGGCUAGCAUUAAUCCAAAAAACACAAAACAAUAAACACUGGCGAGGUCGUGGAGAGACUGGAACACUUACACACCAGCAGUACAACCACUUUGGAAAUGGAUCUGGUGCUUCCUUAAAAAGCUAGAAAUAGAACUACCAUAGGAUCCAGCAAUCCCACUCCUUGGAAUAUAUCCUAGAGAAAUAAGAGCCAUCACAUGAAUAGGUAUAUGUACACCCAUGUUCAUUGGAGCACUGUUCACAAUGGCAAAAAGACGGGAACAACCAAGAUGCCCAUCACCAGAUGAAUGGAUAAAUUAUGGUAUAUUCACACAACGGAAUACCACGCAAUGAUGAACAACGAUGAAUUCAUGAAACAGCUCAUAACAUGGAGGAAUCUGGAAGGCAUUGUGCUGAGUAAAAAUAGUCGAAAAGGGGCAAAUAUUGUAUGAGACCACUAUUAUAAGAACUCAAGGUUUAAACACAGAAGAAAACAUUCUUCGAUGGUUAUGAGGGUGGGGAGGGAGGCAGAGGGGUAUUCAUUAAAUAGUAGACAAAAAUUACUUUAGGUGAAGGUAAGUACAACACACAGUGCAGGGGUAGUCAGCACAACUAGACUAAACCAAAAACUAAGAAGUAUCCUGAAUACAACCAAAUGCUUCGAGGGUCAGAGUAGCAGGUUUGGGGGUCUGGGGACCAGGCUUCAGGGGACAUCUAGGUCGAUUGGCAUAGCAAAGUUUUUUAAGAAUGUUCUGCAUCCCACCUUGGCGAGUGGCAUUUGGGGUCUUAAAAGCUAACAGGUAGCCAUCUAAGUUGAAUCAAUUGGUCCUGACCCACCUGGAGCAAGGAGAAUGAAGAACACCAAAGACACAAGGAAAAUAAGAGCCCAAGAGACAGAAAGGGCCAUAUAAACCAGAGACCAUCAGCCUGAGAUCAGAAGAACUAGAUGGUGCCUAGCUACAACCAAUGGAUUGCCUUGACAGGGAACACAGCAGAGUCCCUGAUGGAGCGAGAAAAUAGUGGGGUGCAGAACUCAAAUUCUAGUAAAAAGACCAGACUUGAUGGUCUGACUAAGACUGGAGGGACCCCAGAAGUCAUGGCCCCCGGACUAUCUGUUAGCCCAGAACUAAAACCAUUCCUGAAGUCAACUCUUCAGACAAAGAUUAGACGGAAGUAUAAGACAUAAAAUAAUACUGGUGAAGAGUGUGCUGCUUAGCUCAAGUAGAUAGAUGAGACAAAAUGGGCAGCUCCUGUCCGGAGUUGAGAUGAGGAGACAGCAGGGGACAGGAGCUGGUUGAAUGGACACAGGAAAUACAGGGUAGAGAGGAGGAGUGUGCUGUCACAUUGUAGAGAGAGAAACUAGAGUUACAUAACAAUGUAUAACUUUUUGUAUGAGAAACUGACUUGAAUUAUAAACUUUCACUUAAAGCACAUAAAAAAAAAAGUUGGCAGUUUGAACUCACCCAACAGUAUCAUGGGAGAAAGACCUGGCAAUCAUCUGUAAAGAUUACAGCCUAGAAACCCCUCCAGGGCAGCUCUACUCUGUCACAUGGGGCCACUAUGAAUCCAAACGGACUGGAGGGCAACAACUUUGUAACACCCUUACAAAAUGUAAAUAUUGCUGAAAGAUGGUAUAACAUCUUGGGAAACAAUAAUUAAGGGCCAUACACAGUGAAGUAGGCGUGGGAAGAGGCUAACAAUGAGGAGCCAUAGAGGUUGGAGGACUCCCGUGGAUGGGAUACAAGCAAGCCAAGAGGAGUUCAUCAGAGAGAGUAUGUUCAGGAUAGGUUUCAAUGUGGUCAAGCAGAGGAGGAUUUGGUUUGUGACUUGGGAAGUCCAGCACCCAUGGUGGUCUUCCAUGACGACCUAGAGAAGCACACUAAAGGUAAUUUUUAUUUGGAAAAAGGGAUGCAGCAGGAUCAGGAAGAACCCUGGCCUCUCGGGGCAGACUCAAAGUAGAGUGGCUAUAAAGACAAAAUUCUUAGUUUUUCUUAUGCCUUUAAUAAGUACUUAUUGAAUUCUGAAGCUCUUGACACUCCUCAAGGCUCCUCAGGAAUGAUCCCGGGCUCAAAAUUAGCUCCUGGUUGGAAACGUGCUCGGCUUCAAGCCUCCUCCUCAACCCGGGCCCCCGAGCGCCGCACAGCCGCCAGGGGGCGGAGGCCACAGGCCAGUCGGCGAGACUUGGGGCGGGGCCAGGAGAGGUGCGGGCCCUAGAACGGCUUCCGGCUUCCGGCGGAGCCCUCGGUCACCGCGCGCCGCCGUCAUGGCAGCUGAGGAGAAGGACCCGUUGAGCUAUUUUGCGGCUUACGGGAGCAGCAGCUCAGGCUCCUCGGCUGAGGAGGACAACAGCGAGCCGGAGGAGACGAGUUGCAGGGCUCCGGAUCCGGCGAAGCCUGGGGGCGGCUGUGAAAACAAGGCGGAGAAGCGGCUGCCGGGACCCGACGAGCUGUUCCGGAGCGUGACUCGCCCGGCCUUUCUCUACAAUCCCCUCAACAAGCAGAUAGACUGGGAGAGGCACGUUGUCAAGGCGCCUGAGGAGCCUCCAAAAGAAUUCAAAGUAUGGAAGUCAAACUAUGUACCACCGCCGGAGACCUACACUACUGAGAAGAAGCCACCACCUCCGGAGCUGGAUAUGGCGAUAAAAUGGUCUAACAUAUAUGAGGACAAUGGUGAUGAUGCCCCCCAGAAUGCUAAGAAAGCGAGGCUUCUACCAGAGGGGGAGGAGACAGUGGAAUCAGAUACUAAUAACACUCUGGAAAGAUGAUGAAAAAGAAGAGCAUACAUCUAAAAAGCGCAAGAUGGAAUCAGGAGAACCAGCAAAGAAGAAAAAGUAAAAAACAACAAAUGACAAAAAGUUUUGGACUGUGAACUUGUUGAAAUGUUUCUUUGGAUGGAAUAAGUUGAUACUGUAAAUUAUUAUGACACAACCCAUGUUAAUUAGCUAAUAAGUAUUAUCCUAGGAAUUUUCCACUGAAGAAUUCAUUUUUUAUUUAAAACCUGUAUGUAUUUAAAACUCAAAUGGUGACUUGUGAUUGUGGAGUUGACAACACUUAGACGCAUUCUUGCUAUCACAAAAGUGGUGACAUGAUUUGAGAGUUUUGUCAUGUGUUGACAUGCCAGUGUUCUAUGAACCUUUUAUAAAGGAAUAUAUUUUUAAAGUAAAUAUAAAGUACUGUGAACUUGUAGGGUGCUUUUCAACAGUGUACAGUGUAAAUAGAUGAUGGAAAUAAAAGUAAUUAUUCAAUAUUA